UAUAUAGUAUAUGGGGUUGUUUGCUAAUAGAAUUUCAGUAUUUGUAAUUGCUAGGCUUUACAACAAGAAUUGCCUUAGAAGCAAAUCCAAAUUCCCCUUUACUUCUGUAUCAAGUGUUCGUAUCACAAUCCGGAUCUUGUCCUUACGGAGCUCUCCGUCUUCUCCCUCCUCUUCGAUUUCUGUAUAACAAAAGCAAUUCACAUUUGCAUGUGAAUCGAUUUUCAUCAGAUCCACUGCUACAUAUCUAUUGUUUCAUCAGGUUGCAAGGUGAUCCCAGUUGCUUAAAUUAUCGUACUCAUUUUCUCUGCUUCCAUUCAUCUAUGUUUGGGAGUCUUGUGGAUGCUCCUGCCAACAGUCCACAUCUACGAAGGUCUGGAAGUCGAGCGGUUGUUUCUGAUAUUGGUACGGUUGAUCUUGGAGGGAGUCCUGUAGAAGCCCUAUUGCAUAGUAUAGAGGUCAAUGAAAUGAAGGGUGUGACCACACCUUUGAGCACCGCAGCCAUAAUGCCAUCACCUGUUCUUUUAUGGAGAUUUAAGGUACUUUUGUUCCUCAUUUGGGGUGUCAGUUGUUGCAAGAUCAGCUGGGAUUCAGUCAUGAGAAUGAGCGUAAACCUCCGCGAUCUAUUCUUAUAUGAGGCUUUUCUUUAUUACAAUCCUCUUCUCCUUGUGACCAUGAUGGUUUGGUUUUGGGGCAUAAACCUAUGGGUUUUUGCGCAGGCUAAUGUCAACUAUGCUAAAAUUUUUGACCUUGAUCAGAAUCAUCUCACUCACAGAGAGAUUUGGAAGUGCGCUACUUGGAUGACGAUGAUUGUGCCGACAAGCAUGACAGCCUAUCUGUAUCUCUACUCACAUGGAGAAGUUUCGUUAGCUGCAUCUCAACCAGUGCUCUUAUAUGCUGCUUUUGCCAUGGCUCUGAUUUUUCCAUUUGAUAUUUUCUAUUUGUCAUCUCGCUACUUCUUUUUAAGGACUGUUUGGCGGAUUGUUUUCCCAUUCCAGGCAAUAUCAUUUGCUGACUUCUUUCUGGCUGAUAUAUUCACUUCUAUGUCCAAGGUAUUUUCAGAUUUGGAGCGUUCCGUUUGUAGAAUGGUUCAUCGACAGGUUGCUACCAUUGCAUGGUUUGAAGCCGAUUCUGUUUGUGGAAGUCAUGCUGUUGCAAUUCCCAUCGUUCUUGUAUUGCCUUAUCUUUUUCGUCUGUUUCAAUGUCUUCGGCAAUAUAAGGAUACUAGAGAGAGGACUACCCUGUUGAAUGCGUUGAAAUAUUCGACUGCAGUACCUGUGAUAUUUCUCUCAGCUCUUAAGUAUCACGUCUUCCCUGACAGCUGGGUUAAUAUUUAUCGUCCUUUAUGGCUUCUGUCCGGUGUGGUGAACUCACUCUACUCAUUCUAUUGGGAUCUGACAAGAGAUUGGGACUUGAGUUGCUUCACUCGGAUUUUCAAGUUCAGCAGACCAAAUGCAUUAUCAUACUUGUUGUAUGGGCGGAAAUGGGUCUACUUUUGGGUAAUUGGAACCAACCUCAUCCUGCGAUGUACAUGGACAUACAAGCUUUCUUCCCAUCUCCGGCACAAUUAUCUCACUGUGUUCGCAAUAGCCGCGCUUGAGAUCUUCCGUCGUUUCCAGUGGGCUUUCUUCCGUGUAGAGAAUGAGUGGAAUAAAAUGAACUCUAAACCAAAUAUUCAACUCUCCACGAUUGACAAGCCAAAUGAUGAACAAAAAUUACUCGACCCAAAUGGUUACAGUGUAUAGACUAUGGAACAUUACAGAUCCUACCAACUUCAUCGCUGGUUGACUGAACAACCUUCUCCAAACCAGGCAGAAAGGUUCAAUGGGAUCCCAUUUUACCUCUUUUGCAUAUAACAAUUUCUUGUCAAUAGUAUAGUAUGAUAUUGAAGGUCAAGAGACAUUUAGAUAAUUUACAAGAUUCAACCGGCAUUCAUUUUUGGAAGACUAAUCCCUUAGUUUUUUUUUAGGCCUUUUAAUCAUUUUCUUUGCAAGAUACUUAUGCCAAUUUUUGAGUUAACAUCCCUGGAGAUGUUCCGAACUUUAUGGGGUCUCUAGAUGAUUACAUUUUCGUAUCAGCAAAUCAUGCUGGAACUUAUAAUUCUUUGGCAUAUUGAUGAUCCCAAUUUAAUGAAAAGGACGGAACAUCUGAGUUUUUGACAGUGUGGGACUGAUGGGAAUAUUCGUUAGUUGCUUUUGUACUUUCAGUUUUUCCUAAACAUUAUAGUUCACUCCUGUUGUGUCACGUGCUGGUAGUGGUAGGGUUUUACUGUCUGUACUUCUUAUGUUGUUAUACAUUAUUGGUUACUUUAUAAAUAUAGCAUUUGUCCCUA